CUGGAGGAUGAGGCUGCCCACUUGGACGAAAUGCCACUGAUGAUGUCAGAAGAAGGAUUUGAAAACGACGAAGGUGACUACCACACGUUACCACGAGCCAGGAUAACGCGGAGAAAGAGAGGGCUAGAGUGGCUCGUUUGUGGAGGAUGGAAAUGCCUCUGUGCCAGUUGCUGUGAUUGGCUGAUUCAUGUUUGUCAGAGAAAGAAGCAACUGAAAGCUCGCACAGUGUGGCUCGGGUGUCCUGAGAAAUGCGAAGAAAAACAUCCCAGAAAUGCCAUAAAAAAUCAGAAGUACAAUGUAUUUACCUUCAUUCCUGGGGUGUUAUACGAACAAUUCAAGUUUUUCUUGAACCUCUAUUUUCUGGUGGUCUCCUGCUCCCAGUUCGUGCCAGCGUUGAAAAUAGGCUAUCUCUACACCUACUGGGCUCCUCUGGGAUUUGUCUUGGCUGUCACCAUCACACGGGAAGCGAUCGAUGAAUUUCGGCGUUUCCAGCGAGAUAAGGAAAUGAAUUCACAGCUGUACCACAAGCUCACUGUACGAGAAACAGUGAAGGUAAAGGCAGAUGAUGUAUUAAUAGGAACUUUAUAUUUUUUGCAGAAUCAAAGAAUUCCAUCAGACAUGGUAUUUCUUAGGACUUCAGAAAAAGCAGGUUCCUGCUUCAUUCGAACCGAUCAGCUUGAUGGUGAGACAGACUGGAAGCUGAAAGUGGCUGUGAGCUGCACGCAGAGCCUGCCGGCCUUGGGGGACCUCUGUUCUAUCAGUGCUCACGUUUAUGCCCAGAAGCCCCACCUGGAUAUUCACAGUUUUGAAGGGACGUUUACCCGGGAGGACAGUGACCCGCCCGUCCAUGAAAGCCUGAGCAUAGAGAACACGCUGUGGGCCAGCACUGUCGUAGCUUCAGGUACUGUAAUAGGUGUUGUCAUUUACACUGGAAAAGAGACUCGAAGUGUAAUGAAUACAUCCGACCCCAAAAAGAAGGUCGGUCUGCUGGACCUCGAGCUCAAUCAGCUGACCAAGGCACUCUUCCUGGCAUUGGUUCUGCUCUCGGCUGUGAUGGUCACCUUACAGGGAUUCGUGGGGCCCUGGCACCGCAACCUCUUCCGCUUCCUGCUCCUGUUUUCCUACAUCAUCCCCAUAAGCUUACGAGUGAACUUGGACAUGGGCAAAGCAGCCUACGGGUGGAUGAUCAUGAGAGAUGAGGACAUCCCCGGGACAGUCGUCCGCACCAGUACCAUCCCUGAGGAGCUGGGGCGCUUGGUGUACUUACUGACAGACAAGACAGGGACCCUGACCCAGAAUGAGAUGGUCUUCAAGCGCCUCCACUUGGGCACCGUGUCUUAUGGGACCGACACGAUGGAUGAGAUCCAGAGCCACAUCAUCACAUCUUACUCACAGGCAUAUUCUCAAGGCAGCGCUGGAAACCAAGCCAGUUCCACUCCACCGAGGAAGGCCCAGUCUUCAGCUCCCAAAGUCAGAAGGAGUGUCAACAGCCGAAUUCAUGAAGCUGUGAAGGCCAUCGCACUGUGUCACAACGUGACACCUGUGUAUGAGUUCCGAGCUGGGGGCACCGGGGAGACGGAACAUGCAGAGGCAGACCAGGACUUCAGCGACGAGAACCGUACCUACCAAGCCUCCAGCCCCGACGAGGUGGCCCUUGUGCAGUGGACAGAGAGUGUGGGCCUCACCCUGGUCAGCAGGGACCUGACCUCCAUGCAGCUAAGGACACCCAGUGGACAGAUUCUCAUCUACCGUGUCCUGCAGGUGUUCCCCUUCACCUCCGAGAGCAAACGUAUGGGGAUCAUCGUCAGGGACGAAUCCACGGCCGACAUCACAUUUUACAUGAAAGGCGCCGAUGUUGCGAUGUCCCCCAUCGUCCAGUACAACGACUGGCUGGAAGAGGAGUGUGGGAACAUGGCUCGGGAAGGACUGCGCACUCUUGUGGUCGCCAAGAAAUCCUUGACGGAGGAGCAGUACCAGGAUUUUGAGAGCCGGUACAGCCAGGCCAGGUUGAGCCUCCACGACCGGGCACUCAAGGUAGCAGCAGUGGUGGAGAGCCUGGAGCGGGAGAUGGAGCUGCUGUGUCUCACUGGAGUCGAAGACCAGCUGCAGGCAGAUGUGCGGCCCACCCUGGAGAUGCUGAGAAAUGCAGGCAUCAAGAUAUGGAUGCUGACAGGUGACAAACUCGAGACGGCCACCUGUAUUGCCAAAAGUUCUCGUCUGGUGUCGCGGACGCAGGACAUUCAUGUCUUCAGACCAGUGACAAGCCGGAGUGAGGCCCAUCUGGAGCUCAACACCUUCAGAAGGAAACACGACUGUGCCCUUGUCAUCACUGGGGACUCCUUGGAGGUCUGCCUGAGGUACUACGAGCAUGAGUUUGUGGAGCUGGCCUGCCAGGGCCCCGCCGUGGUGUGCUGUCGCUGCUCACCCACCCAGAAGGCCCACAUAGUGAAGCUCCUACAGCAGCACACGCACAGGCGCACGUGCGCAGUGGGCGAUGGAGGAAAUGACGUCAGCAUGAUUCAGGCGGCCGACUGUGGCAUUGGGAUUGAAGGAAAGGAGGGGAGGCAGGCAUCACUGGCGGCUGACUUCUCCAUCACGCAGUUCAAGCACAUUGGCCGGCUGCUCAUGGUGCACGGACGUAACAGCUACAAGCGCUCAGCGGCACUUGGCCAGUUCGUCAUGCACAGAGGCCUCAUCAUCUCUACCAUGCAGGCCGUCUUCUCCUCAGUCUUCUAUUUUGCGUCUGUCCCUUUGUACCAGGGCUUCCUGAUGGUGGGGUAUGCUACGAUAUACACCAUGUUCCCGGUGUUCUCAUUGGUGCUGGACCAGGACGUGCGGCCAGAGACGGCGCUGCUGUACCCAGAGCUCUACAAGGACCUCACCAAGGGAAGAUCCUUGUCCUUCAAGACCUUCCUCAUCUGGGUUUUGAUCAGCAUUUACCAAGGGGGCAUCCUCAUGUAUGGUGCGCUGCUGCUGUUCGAGGCGGAGUUCGUUCACGUGGUGGCCAUCUCCUUCACGGCGCUGGUCCUCACGGAGCUGCUGAUGGUGGCGCUGACCAUCCGCACGUGGCACUGGCUGAUGGCCGUGGCCGAGCUCCUGAGCCUGGGCUGCUACCUGGCCUCGCUUGCCUUCCUGAGCGAGUAUUUCGGUAUUGGCAGAGUGUCCUUUGGCGCUUUCUUAGAUGUUGCCUUCAUCACGACCGUGACCUUCCUGUGGAAAGUGUCAGCCAUCACGGGGGUCAGCUGUCUGCCACUCUACGUUCUGAAGUAUCUGAAGCGGAAACUUUCUCCUCCCAGCUACUCCAAGCUCAGCUCCUGA